AUGGGUAAUGACGGUGGAAGUAUCCCAACCCGCCGUGAGCUCGUCAAAGAAGCCGCGCGCGCCCCGAGUACGGCGCAAGUAAAAGAAGUCCAGCGCGAACAGCAAGAACACGCCUGGACUACCUGCCUCCUCUCACACAAAGCGCUUGCCCGACCAAUUGUCUCCGAUUCUGUCGGCAAUCUAUACAACAAGGAUGCUGUCAUUCAGUUCCUGAUUCCCGGCGACGACGGCGAGGGCAUCAGCUCCAAGUCUGACUGCGAGGAGAUCUUGUGCGGGCGUGUGAAGUCUCUUCGGGAUGUGGUGGAGCUGCACUUUGAGAUCGACACAGAGUUGACGGAGCACCCGUCUGAUAAGAUCAAUGCGCAUCGUCAUGAGCGCCGCGAAGGCUGGAUCUGUCCUAUCACUGCGAAACCGCUCGGUCCCAGCGUGAAGUCUGUAUAUCUAGUGCCAUGUGGUCAUGUCUUUGCAGAGGAGGCUAUUCGUCAACUGAAGGGCGAUAAAUGUUUACAGUGUGAUCAGCCCUACACUGAAGAUAACAUUAUUUCCAUAUUACCGACCAAGGAAGCAGAUAAGCAACGCCUUAUUGCCCGAGGCCAGAAGCUUGCAGAGCAGAGUCUUACCCAUUCCCUCAAGAAAGCUCCCGGAUCUAAAAAGCGCAAGAAGCAUGCUGCAACAGAAAAUGCUGCGGUCAACGCCACUGCGGAUGCAACCAAGUCUGCCUCCGGACCUAUUAACCGGAGCAAUACUUCGACACCUACGCCUGGAAGCAGUAUCAAGAAUGCUGCUGCGGCAAAGAUCGCUGCGCGCGUUCGGGAUGAACAGGAUGAGAAAAACAAGCGACGGAAAGUAGCGGGCCUCAAUGAGAAUCUUGACAGUCUGUUCACGAAAAAGGAGGACGGGAAGAAGACUGGUGACUUUAUGACAAGAGGGUUUACCAUUCCGGCUUCUGCUCGGAGAUGA